CAACUUUUUUCCUUCUCUCCUCCUCUUCACCGCUUCUAGGGUUUUAGCUUUUGCUUCUCUCUCUAGCCCUUUCUCUCUCCUCUCCUCCCAAAUAAUGAGCAACGACAAGGAAAGCUUCGCCAUGUCCGAUCUCGGCGCUGCUUUGAACGAAGAGGAUCGAGCAGGCCUUGUGAACGCUCUCAAGAACAAGAUUCAGAGUUUGGCUGGGCAGCACUCUGAUAUUUUGGAGAGCUUGUCGCCGCAUAUCAGAAAGCGGGUCGAGGUUCUUAGGGACAUCCAGAGCCAGCACGAUGACUUGGAAGCAAAGUUUUUUGAAGAGAGAGCAGCUCUUGAAGCCAAGUAUCAGAAGUUGUAUCAACCUUUGUACACCAAGCGUUAUGAGAUAGUCAAUGGCGUCACUGAAGUUGAAGGAGUUACUGCUGAAGCAGCAACAGAUAAGGAAGAGGACAAGGAGGCCAACGAAAAGGGUGUGCCCGAUUUCUGGCUCAAUGCAAUGAAAAAUAACGAAGUGCUUGCUGAAGAGAUCUCCGAGCGCGAUGAAGGAGCUCUCAAAUAUGUCAAGGAUAUCAAGUGGAGCAGGAUAGACAACCCUAAGGGAUUCAAACUCGAGUUCUUCUUUGAGACCAAUCCUUUCUUCAAGAACAUUGUCUUGACGAAAACGUACCAUAUGAUUGAUGAAGAUGAGCCUAUUCUAGAGAAAGCGAUUGGGACGGAGAUUGAAUGGCUUCCAGGAAAAUGCUUAACUCAGAAGCUCCUAAAGAAGAAGCCUAAGAAGGGAUCAAAGAAUGCUAAGCCAAUCACCAAAACUGAAAAUUGUGAAAGUUUCUUCAACUUUUUCAAUCCUCCUCAAGUUCCUGAGGACGAUGAGGAUAUUGAUGAAGAUGCUGCCGAGGAGCUUCAAAACCAGAUGGAGCAAGAUUAUGACAUUGGUUCGACCAUUCGGGAUAAGAUCAUCCCCCAUGCCGUCUCCUGGUUUACGGGAGAGGCUAUCCAAGGAGAUGAGUUUGGAGAGUUAGAAGACGACGAUGAUGAGGACAUCGACGAGGAUGAAGACGAUGAGGAUGACGAGGAUGAAGAUGACGAGGAUGACGAUGAAGACGAGGAUGAAGGCAAGACCAAAAAGAAGUCCUCAGCGGGGCAGAAGAAGAGUGGAAGAGCACAAGGUGUGGAUGGUCAGGCGGGCGAGAGGCCUCCGGAAUGCAAACAGCAGUAGAGUUUUUGCUCCGAGAACAGCGGUAGAGUUUGAUCCUUUGCAUAAAAGGGUUACUCCUCCGGGUUUGAGGGUUCUACACAUCUUCACAGAGAAGGGUUCUGGGACAGUUUUGGAUGCUUCAUUACUAUAUAUAAUUGAUUUUUUUUUCUUUUUCCCUUUUACAUGUUAUGAAUGAUUUCGGGAGUCAUCAGCUUUUUUUUCUCUUCUUUAUUCUUUUUUUUUUCUUAUGUUCCUCAGUGUAAUGUGGUCAAAUAGUCGUGCCCUUUUCUUUGUGAUUUAUUCCUCCAUUUUCGGGUUUCAUUGAGGUCUGAGAGUAGAUGUUUUUAGAAACUCUUUGGAAUAUAUUUAUGAUUUCUCUUCCCUCCUGUUCUCAA